AUGAGACUCAGUCAUAUUGAAAAUCAUAUAGAUCAACAGCUCACCCUGAUGGGCAUAAUUGCAAAAACGGUUGAUAAUUUAUUGACUAUUGGGCGGGAAAAUGUUAUGCCGCAUAUGGUGCACACGCGUAUUGCAGAUCUACAAGAUAAUUGGGAUCAGUUCUCGAUACGACAACAUGCCAUCGGAAUGGCUGUGCGCGGAUUAAAUGCAGAGGAAAGAUUAAGUGUAAUCAAUCAUGCGUAUUUUUCGGAAGGCUUGUUUUCAAAGACGCAUCAAAGCUACCUUCGGGAAAUAGAUAAGUUAAAUUCUUUACUCGCGCCUGAGCAUCCCGCGCCGGAACAAGUUUCAGUAACGCCUACGACUUUUACACAACCUUUUUCGCGAGAACAAGAGUCGGUACCGCCUUCGACUUCUACGCAAUUUCGUUCGAAUAAUCCAGAUUACCAUUAUUACUCACGCUUGCCGGAAAUCGAGUUGCCCAAGUUUGACGGAGUGCAGUCUAAUUGGUUAUCCUUUAAGGAUCUAUUUAGUUCAAUUGUUAUAAAACGUCCUUCAUUGACCUCUGUCGAGAAAUUACAGUAUUUAAAAACGAGAUUGUCCGGAUCAGCUGCUUUAUUACUUAAAAAUACUACGCUUACCUCUGACAAUUUCCAAAAGGCCUGGGAUGCCUUAAUUGCGUUUUACGAAAAUACUAGAUUACUUGUUAACGAGGCUCUUCAAGCCUUAUUUUCUUUAAAACGCAUGACGAAAGAGUCACAUAAGGAAAUGGAAAUGCUUUAUACUAAUCUCACUCAGAUAUAUCGUACGCUGGAAACUUUACAACGCCCUGUAGAAACUUGGGACGAUAUAUUUGUUUUUACUGCCGUUCAACGUCUGGUUUCGGAAUCUGUAAAGGCUUGGGAGAAUCAUUUAGGAUCGAAUAAACAGCCCCCCACUUGGGAACAAUUCAAGGACUUCUUGUUUAAUCGUUUGCAUUCUUUACAAGCAUUUGAAAAAUGCACACUAGGAAAAUCAGUUCCAUCUGCCAAAUCACAUUUUUCGGGAAAACCAAAGGACGAGAAAGCGGGUAAGAAGAAUUCGUGCGUGAUUUGUUCGGCGAAACACUACGUAGCCCACUGCCCUCAGUACACCGCUAAAACCAUUGAACAACGUCUAGCAAUUAUCGCGAAGCAUAAGUUAUGUUUCAAUUGCCUCGGUUUACACAGAUCAUCGGCAUGUCGCGUAACCACGCGAUGUUUGAAGUGUGGAAGCAAACACCACACCACCAUUCACAAAGUCAAAGGGAAACCUACCAAUUCGGAUCAAGCUACGGCCAAGGCCGAACCACAGGCGGAUUCAUUUUCUACUUCUACGAAGGAACAGGCGUCACAAUCCAAUUCUACCAAUACGAAUGCAAAGGCUGUGAAUUCCACUUCGGUCUCACAAUUAACAUCUGUAUUAUUAGCCACAGCGCAGAUCAUAAUCGAGGGCCCCAACGGGGAAUUUACUAAGGCUCACCCUAAAUUUACAGUUCCAGGUUCUAUAGACGUAAUUCUGGGAGCAGACAUUUAUAGUAAUCUCAUUGAAGAAGGAAUUGUUAAGGGAGCUGUGGAUACUCCACUCGCACAAUGCACAAAAUUAGGAUGGAUUAUUUCUGGUCCUGCAAGAAAUGCUCCUACCUCUUCCUUUACUCAAAGUCUCCACGUCUCCAUUAAUCGGGAGCUACAUGAUUUAAUUCAACGAUUUUGGGAGAUGGAAACGGUCCCUUCCUACAAUGAUUCGUCAUUAACUGCUGAGGAUCAGCAAUGCGAAUUGCACUUUCAAUCUACGCAUACUAGAGAUGCCAGUGGACGGUAUGCGGAAGCUUAUCAGGGGUUUAUGGACGAAUUCGAAAGGUUGCAACACAUGACGCUAGUUCCAGAAUCCGAUCCUGAACCUCAAUUAGUAUACUAUUUACCACAUCACGGAGUCUUACGGGACAACGAUCUUAAUAGAAUCAGAGUAGUUUUUAAUGGCUCAAGCCCUACUACCACGGGAUGUUCUCUGAAUGAUCUGCUACAUACAGGAGCUAAACUUCAAAUUAAUGUAUUCGAUGUUCUGGUUUGGUGGCGACGAUUUCCUUAUGUCUUUUCGUUCGAUAUGGUAAUGAGAAUCCUGCUGAUUAUGCUACACGUGGGUUAUCACCCGCUCAACUCCAGGAAUUUGAAAUCUGGUGUCAAGGACCGCUUUGGCUUUCAGAACCAUCUGAAACCUGGCCGAACAAGUCACAAACUCACUAUGCUGAAGUAA